AUGGUGAAAGUGCAACUAGGUGAGAAUCAGGCAGGUGGAGUUGGUGGAAUAGGGCUUCCAGAAAGGCGAGUUCAUCAUCAUCAGGCCGUAAAAGAGGAAAACUACAGAAAUGGCGGUGGUGAUCAUGAAUGCCUUCAGCCUCAGGACAAAGACGAUGUCAAUAAUCAUGGUGGUCAUGGCAUAGAAGCAUGGAAAAAUACUAGUAGCCCAGCGAAUAAACCAAAUGGCUUCUUUUACUUUUUAAUUCAAGCUCUUAAACGCCAAACAAUCUUUCUCCUGUUCCUAUUAGCUAUGUUGGUCUUCACCACCGACAUCGAGGUGCAAGGAAUCCGAUAUGGUUGGCACAAUGGUGUUGUCAUUCUCAUCAUCAUACUUAUGCUUGUUAUUAUCUCUUCAGUUGGAAACUGCUACAAUGAAAGAAUUAUGUCGAAGGAGAAAUUAAUGAAGCAUGAGAGCAAGCCAAAAGUGACAGUUGUAAGAAAUGGAAAUACCCUACAUAAUCUUGCCAUUUCUGAUCUAGUGGUAGGUGAUACGCUGGAUUUGGAGGAAGGUGAUCGUGUUCCUGCUGAUGGUUUGCUUAUAGAUGGUGGGGAAUUGGUAUCAGAUGAAAUUUUUAACUCCAAAAUGGAUCGGUUUCGAAACCCAAAUCUUAUUGCAGGAUCGAAGAUCACGCAGGGCAGAGGUCGCAUGCGUGUAAAAUCGACAAUUGGUGCCAACAUGGUGAUGGUUACUGAUCACCAUCAGAAUGAGAAUGACAAGACGUUAUUACAAUGUUUAGUGGACAAGUCAGACGCUUGUAUUGAUAAACUUACUCUUUGUGUUUCGCUAGUGAUUGCUAUGGUGCUCCUAAUGCGCCUGCUAAUUUUUCCCGGAUUAAAAUACAAGAGCGGCAGCAAUAUUAAUCAUGAUCAAUUGCCACAGGAAGAAGGGAAAGUUUCAAUGAAAUUUGUAAUGCAUUUGUUUGAGAGAUUUUUCUUCAAACCUCAAAGAAAGGUUUCCACCUUGGUGAAUAUUCUUGUAGCUAGUGUAAUAGGGAUAAGACAUGGAAAUCAUUUGGUGAUUGCAGGUUCUCUUAGUCGCUGGAGGAAGAUUUGGGAGUCGACAAAUGAGGCAUAUCCUAGGAAGCUAUCUGCUUGUGGCUCCAUGGGUUUAGUUACAGCCCUAGUAGUUGAUGCAAAUGGUGACCAAAUUUGUAACAAAAUGGAGGUGAAGGAAUUAUGGAUAGGUGGAAAAGAUAUCAGCAAUAUUGAUCAGUUGGACUCUGAAAGCAGUAGUAUCGAUCAAGAGGCUCUGGAAGCACUGCGUCGAGGGAUUGGCUUGCCGGAGGUUCUUCCAGAUUUAUCAGUUAGCCCUGCAAAUGACUUUCUCAUUUCUUGGAUGAAGUGCAAAUUGCAUAUGAAUAUGGACUUUCCGGAUACGAAUUUUAGAAUCCUUAAUGCUCGGAAAACAAGAUCAGGAGCCUCAGGCAAGCAAGUUAGUAGGGUUUUAAUGAGGAAAAUAGGAGAUGAUGAACAAUACAUCCUACACUUGCAUUACAAAGGGCCUGCAUCAACAAUACUGGAAAUGUGUUCGCAUUUUUACGAUACAAAAGGUAAAAAACAUGAUAUGAAUAUAUCUUCUCAAAAAGGAUUGUUUGAGAGGGUGAUUGAGGAUAUGGAAAACAAUGGUCUUGUACCCUUUGCAUUUGCUUGUGGAAAAACAGAUAUUGAGGAAAUUAAAGAAGAUGUUGGAUUGGACUUAUUGGCAAUAAUAGGUCUGAAAUACUAUUGUCGGAACGAGAUCAAGUCACAGGUGGAAGCUUUGAGAAAGGCUGGAGUAAUUAUUAAAUUGGUAUCAGAUGAUGAGUUACCAGCAGUAAAAGCCAUAGCUUGGGAGCUAGGAUUAUUCUCUAGCCAGAGUUCAAACAUUAAUGUGGCUAUGGAAGGUCAAGAAAUUCGAGAAAUGACCGAGUCAUCAUCAAGGGUCGAGAAGGUAAAUCAGACCACUGUGAUGGGAAAUUGUCUCCCAAAGGACAAGUUUCUCAUGGUGGAGGACCUAAAGAAAAAAGGUCAUGUUGUUGCAUUCUACGGAGGGUUGACAGCAAGAGAUGCUCCAGCUUUAACAAGUUGUGAUAUAGUAAUCACAGAGAAUUUCAGGUGCACUGAAAUGGCAAGGGAGCUUUCUGAUAUUUCCAUCAAUGAUAUGUCAUCAUUGAGUCUGAUUUUCAAGUAUGGUAGAUGUGCUUACCACAACAUCCAGAAGUUCUUUCAGCUUCAACUCACUGCCUUGAUAUCCGGGUUGAUAAUAUCCUUUGCCUCCACAAUACAUUCCGGGGACUCCCCAUUAACAGCAUUGCAAUUGAUAUGGACGAAUUUGAUUAUUUACCUUCUCGGCGGCUUCAUGAUGGUGAUGAACUUGGAGGGUGAUACGUUCCAUGAUCAGCCUGCUGCUAAGAGGAAUCGAUCGCUCGUAACCAAAGUGAUAUGGAAAAACAUAGCCAUUCAAGUUUCAUACCAGGCUUUUCUAUUUAUCAUAAUUGAAUUUGUAGGUCAUGUUUUGCCUAGUUUGGGGGAACAAGGGGUGAGGAAAGCCAUGAUCUUCAAUACUUUCCUCCUAUGCCAAAUCUUCAAUCAUUUCAAUGUGAUAGACAUGGCAAACAAGGAAGUGUUAAAGGUUGUCUUCCACAAACACUAUUGGUCUUUGGUAGCUUUGGGGAUUGUUAUGGUCACGCAGAUCUUGAUUGUUGAGGUUGGAAAAGAUUUAGCCAAUUGUGCGAGACUGAAUGCAGUGCAAUGGACUUUAUGCUUCCUUCUUGCUGCAUUUUCAUGCGGUUUUGAUUGGGCAACAAAACAGGUUUUGGCUUCCCUUCAAAGUUAUAAUAUAUAA